AUGCUGAUGAGUUCUUUUGAACAUCAAAACUGCAAGCCUGGUAAUGCGAAAGUAGCCGCAUUUGGAGUGGAUUCUGCCAGAAUGAUGCUGUACAAUGGCGUCCCCAUUUCCUUGUUCAUCAUACUUUGCUUUACUACCGAGUCUAAUGUGCAGCUUUUCUACGCGAAGUUCAUGUCAAUCGUCUAUGCUUUUGUAAUGCUUGCGGUAUUGGUAGCUACAGCAUCACAAAUUGUUCUCGAAACUGUAAUCUCACCAACAUCGAUGUUCAUCGUGACAAUGGUCAUAGUGUUUUUCAUUGCUGCAUGUCUACAUCCAAAAGAAUUCACGAAUAUCAUCUACGGUAUCAUCUUUUUCCUCAUGAUACCCUCGACUUAUGUAUUUUUGUCACUUUAUUCGCUAAUUAAUCUGAAUGUGAUCAACUGGGGAACCCGUGAAGCCGUCGCAAAGGCUACUGGAAAGGUAAUCUAA